AGGGAACGAAGAGGCAUGCGGCCAUGCCGCCUGCCCCCCUCCUCCCCCCCAAUCGCGUCCGAUCUCCGCCCUCCGCCUCCGCCUCCGCCUCGAUUUCUACUCCGAUCCUCUCCUCUCCACUGCCCCUUCUUCUUUUGUACGGGACGUUCAUGAGGGCCCCCCGGCCGGAUCCAGCCCACCGCCGUUCUUCUACCAGUGCCGCUGAUGGCGCCCACGCCGCACACCCGUGCCGCCCGAUGCCCGCCGCCACCGGUGGUCAGCCAGCCGGAGAAAGGGUUGGGAAGAUGCAGAAAACCAUGCAAAAGCGAAGAGCCAUGGACAUAGGAUGCUUUAAUAAAAAGCAAAUUGCAAGCCAAACAAAACUUAUGCAACGACCUGUCCAUCCAGUCAUUACAUUUGAAGAUGGAUUUGGUAAGUUAGCUAAAUCCUGUGGAAGUUCCUCGAGUGAACUCACCGAACAGAUUGAGUCAGAGCUAUCAGAAACUGUUGUCUCCCUUGCUUCAUUUGUUGGAGAUACGGUGCUAUUUGAAUGCACAGGGAUAUUCAUUGACAACUUAUGUGCUGAUGCCACAAGUAUUCUGACUUCACCUAAUAUAGUUGGAUCUUCAGAUUAUGAGUUCACUGAUAACUUGACGAUUAAAGUGCGUCUUCCCAGUAAUCAAGUUGUCAUUGGCUGGUUACACCAUUGUGAUUUCAAGUAUGAUCUUGCUGUUGUGAACAUCAAGCGUGUAGGUGGCUUUCAGGAAGCACGUCUCAGUUCUAGCUACGUCAUGCAAUUUGAGUCCAAUAGUAAGUUAGUAGCGGUGGGGCGCUGUUUUGACUCAGGCAUGUUAAAGUCCACCAAUGGGAUAGUAAUUGGCAGUGCAAGCGAUGGACUCUGUGAGCUUAUGCUCUCCACAUAUGAAAUGAACACGGCUUGGAUUGGGUGCCCCCUUGUUGAUUUCGAUGGAAACUUUGUUGGAAUGAACCUCCAAAUUGGCAAAAGGACUACGUUCGCACCAGUGAACAAAAUUCUUGAAUGCCUUGAGUACUUUGGGGUUGGAAGUAAUCAAGUGCUUGUUGGUAUAAAAGAAGCAAGCACAACCAAGGCACAAAAUGCUGGCACGCCCAAAGAUGGUAUGCAUGAGAUUAACUCUUUUGAAGAGGAAUUCGAGGACAAUAUCUGGAGCACACUUAGUGAAGAUGUUGCAAGCACUAUGGCUGGAUGUGUUGUCUCACUUGCUUCAUUCAAUGGAAAGACCAAGUGUUUUGCUUGCACAGGCCUAAUUAUAGACUGUAAUCCCGUGAGAAUUCUUACUUCGGCAAGUUUGGUUAAAAUUUCUGGCGAUGAAAACAAGAUUGAUGAUAACUUGCAGAUUGAAGUGUACCUUAAUAAUACAGAACAAGUCACGGGGACAUUGAGGCAUUAUGAUCUAUGCUAUAAUGUUGCGGUUGUAGAGAUCAUGGGUUCCUGCGGUUCUACCGCAGUGGGAUUGAGGAGGCAUAUUUCUUUCACCCCUAAUAUCGAGGUUUUAGCUGUAGGGCGUCUCAUUGAACAUCGGAAACUAAUGGCCUCAAGAGGGGUGUUAAUUGACAGAAAAGGCAAACUUGCUUGUGAAGAGCUUAGGAUUUCCACUUGUAAAAUCACCAAGGCCGGAAUUGGAGGGCCUCUUAUUGAUGCUCAAGGGAAUUUUGUUGGUAUGAAUUUCUUCCAUGAUGAAGAAACUCCGUACCUACCGAGGGAAAAAAUUCAGGAAGUCGUGAGACGUUUCGAUGAAGAACGCGCGAAUGACGGUUGGCCUGAACCAAGACAUCGUUAUUUUAUACCAACUUGGUACCCUGUACCGUUUGGUUUGUUUCCAGACAGCGACGUGUACGUUGAUAGUUUAGACGAUUUAUAUUCAAAGUUUGCUUGGCAUCAGUGAGACUAUUUGUUGGUUGUGUGUAGCUGCACUCUUAUCAACUAUGGAUCUGGUUGUUACUAAUGCAUCCUUGUGAAUUCGAGACUAAUGAGCGAAAUCCUUGUUCAGUUGUGUUUA